AUGGCCAAACAAAAAUCCAAAAACUCUGUGAUCAAGCUAAUAUCCACGGCAGCCACUGGAUUUGCUCGUCAAAUUACCAUCUCUAGAGGUGCUCCUCUAGUGACACAGGUAAGAUAUGAUCCCAUAGCGAAGCGUCAUGUCCUGUUCAAAGAGGGCAAGAAGAGGAAAGUUGCUGAGAAAAAGCCUCUAGACUUUUUGAGAACAAGCAAAUGA